AUGAACAAGAAGAAGAUAUUCAAACUAGCAAAAGGGUUCAGAGGAAGAGCAAAGAACUGUAUAAGGAUAGCAAGAGAAAGAGUUGAGAAGGCCUUGCAGUAUUCUUACAGAGAUCGCCGCAACAAGAAGAGGGACAUGCGUUCUCUUUGGAUCCAACGCAUCAAUGCUGGCACCCGCCAACAUGGUGUUAAUUAUGGUAACUUCAUGCAUGGGUUGAUGAAGGAGAAUAUUCAGCUAAACAGGAAAGUCUUAUCAGAGAUAUCCAUGCACGAACCAUAUAGUUUCAAGGCCUUGGUAGACAUUUCGCGUGAUGCCUUUCCUGGAAACAAAAACGUGGUGCAUCCUCCCAGGAAAGUGGACAUAUCUGCUCUUAACGUGUAG